UCGCAGAAUGACGUCGCCGGCGGUGCGCGUGGUGUCGACGCGCACGGUGAAGCCCGCACCGCCUCCGCCGCCGCGGGAGCGCAUCCCGCUCACGUCGUGGGACGUCGCCAUGCUCUCCCUCAACUACAUCCAGAAGGGCCUCCUCUUUGCGCCGCCGCCGCCGCCCGCCUCGCCGCCUCUUCUCUCCACCGCCCACGUCGUCGGCCACCUCGCCGACGCCCUGGCCGCCGCGCUCCACGCGUACUAUCCCGUCGCCGGCCGCCUCGUCACCGACCCGCACCCAGCUGGCUGCUCCGUCUCGAUCGACUGCGGCGGCCAGGGUGUCCAGAUCGUCCACGCCGUCGCCGACGGCGUCUCCAUCGCCGACGUCGUCGCGCCCCCUGACGCUGACAUCCCGCGGAUCGUCCACUCUUUCUUCCCGCUCCGAGACGCUGUCAACCACGACGGCCACCACCUCCCGCUGUUUGUUGUCCAGGUCACCGAGCUCUCCGACGGCGUGUUCGUCGGCUUCGUCUACAACCACGCGCUCUCCGACGGGACGGCAUUGUGGAACUUCAUCAACGCGUGGGCCGAGAUCGCGCGCGCCAGGCUUGCGCCUACGCCGGCGCUGACGUCGCGGCAGCCACCAAUGCUCAAGCGGUGGUCGCCCGACGGCGCGCCGGUUGUGCUGCCGUACGCCGACCUGUCCAAGCUCAUCGAGAGGCCGGAGCCGCCCCAGCUGCGGGAGAGGAUGCUUCACUUCACGGCGGAGUCCCUGGCGGCGCUCAAGGAGUGUGCUCGGCAAGAGCUCCUGGCAGCCGGGGACACGGCCGGCGCCGCCGCCCUGACGAGGUUCCAGGUGCUGAGCUCGCUGCUGUGGAGGUGCGUCACCCGGGCCCGGCUGCUGGCACCGGACCAAGAGACGGUUUGCCAAGUGGCCAUCAACAACCGCGGGCGCCUCCGGCCGGCGCUGCCGCCGGAGUACUUCGGCAACAGCAUCGACGUCAUCAGCACGGAGGCGGUGCGCGCGUCGGAGCUGCUGCAGCGCGGGCACGGGUGGGCGGCGGCGGCCGUGGGGCGCGCGGUGGCGGCGCACACGGACACGAGCAUCCGGGCGCGCGUGGCGGCCUGGACGUCGAAGCCGGCGGUGUACACGAUGGGGAGCUUCGAUCCGACGGGUGUGCUGAUGGGGAGCUCGCCGCGGUUCGACAUGUACGGGUGCGACUUCGGGUGGGGGAAGGCGGUGGACGCACGGAGCGGCACGGCGAACAAGACCGACGGGGAGACGGCGCUGUACCCGGGGCGGGACGGCGGAGGCAGCGUAGACGCCGAGCUGAUGCUGACGCCGGAGCACAUGGCGGCGCUGAAGCAUGACGACGAGUUGUGGUUAUUUGCUAACUAACUUCAUUUUGCUUGUAUCGCUUUAAUGAGUUCUAUAUAUCAUGAAAUAAAGGUGACCAU